AUGGCAAAAUCCAGACAAGAGUACGUCAAAAAUUUUGAGGUCCACAGUACAAUUUUGCCAUCAACCUGAAUGGUAGCAAGGCUUGAUGGGAAUUCUUUUACAAAAUUCUGCGAAACCCAUGGAUUUGUGAAGCCUAAUGAUAUAAGGGCGCUAUCUCUUAUGAAUGAAGCAGCAAUAUAUGUAUGUAAGCAGCUUCCUGAUAUUGUGGUUGCAUAUGGACAAUCAGAUGAGUAUAGCUUUAUUUUUAGUAAAAAAUCGAACGUGUAUGGGAGGAGGAUUGAAAAAAUUUUAAGUAUUGUGAUUUCAAUGUUUACAAGUGCUUAUGUUUAUAAUUGGAAUAGGUUUUUUGACAUCCCAUUGCAGCAUCCACCUGUUUUUGAUGGAAGAAUUGUAUGCUAUCCGAAUGAUGAAAUUAUGAUGGACUAUAUGCGAUGAAGACAAGCCGAUUGCCAUGUGAAUAAUCUUUAUAAUACAAUUUUCUGGGCUAUUGUACAUAGUGGAAAAACUACUACAGAAGCCCAUGAACAGCUAAAAGGGUCUACAAGUGCAGUCAAAAAUGAAAGGCUUUUUACAGAGUUUGGGAUUAAUUAUAAUAAUGAGCCUGAGAUUUUUAGGAAAGGAACUGCUCUGAUAAAGCCAUUGUAUGAGCCUACACAUGAGGAUGUGUUCAAAGAAGAAUUCUAUAGAAAUCAUGGGAUUAUUGAAUAA